AUGUCGCAAGUAACCGACCGCUCAUCGAUCUUCAACUCCCCGAAGCUAUAUUCCCUGGACUACUUCGCUGCCUGCACCCUCGGAGGUCUGGUGGCAUGUGGCCCCACUCACUCCGCUGUAACUCCGUUGGACCUGGUGAAGUGCCGCAGGCAGGUGGACUCCUCGAUCUAUAAGUCGAAUCUGGACGGCUGGCGCCAGAUCGUGAAAACAGAAGGUGUUUCCAAGGUUUUCACUGGGUUUGGAGCCACGGCCAUUGGCUAUUCUUUCCAAGGUGCUUUCAAAUACGGUGGGUACGAAUAUUUCAAAUACCAAUACUCGCAGCUGGUCUCUCCAGAAACGGCUCACAACUACAGGACGGGCAUCUUCCUCGCAGCAUCUGCAUCGGCUGAAUUCAUCGCGGACAUAUUCCUGUGCCCCUGGGAGGCAAUCAAGGUUCGCCAGCAAACCGCGUUGCCGCCGCCUUUUGCUCGCAACGUUUUCGAUGCGUACUCCAAGAUGGUUAAGGCCGAGGGUUUCGCCAGCUUGUACAAGGGUAUCACACCACUGUGGUGCCGCCAGAUCCCCUAUACCAUGUGCAAGUUUACCUCUUUUGAACGCAUCGUGGAGAUGAUCUACGCGCGUAUGCCCAAGCCCAAGAGCGAAAUGUCGAGUUUGGCCCAGAUCGGAGUGUCAUUUACCGGAGGUUAUCUAGCCGGUAUCUUGUGCGCUGUCGUGUCCCACCCUGCAGAUGUCAUGGUGUCCAAGAUCAACAACGAGAGACAGAAGGGUGAAUCCAUGGGUCAAGCCAUGUCGCGCAUAUACAGCAAGAUAGGAUUUAGCGGGUUGUGGAACGGACUCCCAGUUAGAAUAGUCAUGAUCGGUACGCUGACGAGUUUCCAAUGGCUCAUAUACGACUCGUUCAAGGCGGCGGUUGGUUUGCCAACCACAGGUUAG